UUGCAGUUCUGAUGCCAGUGAAUGCGUUAAACACGUUUCACUGAUUUUGUCUUCUGUUAUUCAUGCUGAUUAGAUAUAGAGCCUGCCUAUCUCAUGAGAGAAGCUUCUGCGUACUGUGGGAGUGACUAUAGAGUUGUCAACAGUAUUCCAGAGGAUAUGAAUAUUCAUGAACAGCUGAGGCAGGGCUGUGCCUCUGGAUUUCUAUACUCCUCUCUAGCAGAGACGGGCUCAGAUCGGCCAUUAUCACCAUUGAAUGCUUUCAGCAGCUAUUACUGGGAAUGCAAUAGCUGCCCCCAACAUCACCGCUUUGCUGGAUACUGUCCAUGGAAUAGGAUGCUCAGCUAGGGAGAGCAUUGCAUCACUGCAUUCCAUCUCCUUCCAGGGAUCCACUGGCACCAGUGUCAUCGCUCUGCAGGCAACCUGAACGGAAAAGUGCUUUGAGAUGGAGGCCCCUCUGGUGUGCCUAGAUGAGGAGUUUGAUGACAUCCGGUCUUAUUCUGAAGAACGCCAAGAAAGAUCUCGGGGAAUGUACAUGACAUCUUCAAAACUCAUUGAGGAUGCCUCUCUCUCAGAGCUGGAAAACUUCAGUUCUGAAAUAAUCAGCUUCAAAUCUAUGGAAGAUCUUGUGAACGAGUUUGAUGAAAAGCUUAAUGUUUGCUUUCGGAAUUAUAAUGCCAAAACUGAGAACUUGGCACCUGUAAAGAAUCAACUACAGAUUCAAGAGGAAGAGGAGCACAUCAGGGAUGAAGAGGUCUGGGAUGCUCUCACUGACAAUUAUAUUCCACUAACGGGAGAGACAUGGAGAGAUCAGAGCCUUGAAUCACUGAAUGGAAACAUGUCUGACUCUGAGUUCCAUGAAAAAGAUGAAGAAGAGCUGAAUGAGAAAAGUGAAAAUGAUUCGGGUAUUAUUGAGGAGCCCUUACUUACUGCAGAUCAGGUUAUAGAGGAAAUUGAAGAAAUGAUGCAGAAUUCUCCAGAUCCAGAAGAAGAUCUUGAUGAUGAGGACCAUGACACUGAAAUUAUGUGUUCACAUUCUGACUCAGUUCUCCUUCAGGAGAUGCAAGCUUUGAGUCAGAAUUUUAACAAUAAUUGGUCUACUGAAGCAGGUCUUCAGCAUAUGACCAGUAUGGAAUUGUCAGAACUUCUGGACAGGGUUGAACGAGCCAUAUGUGAUUAUUCAGAGGAGUUGGUACAACAGUUAGCUCGACGAGAUGAGCUAGAAUUUGAGAAGGAGGUGAAGAACUCCUUUAUCACUGCUCUGAUUGAGGUGCAGAAUAUACAGAAGGAACACAGGGAGUUGGUGAAGAAGAAGAGAAAAGAUAAAGGAAUGAGUUUGCACAUUAGUCGUGCAGAGAAAAACGGGCAGAUGCCAAUGAAGCGUUUCAGCAUUGAAGGACUCUCCAAUAUUCUUCAGUCAGGGAUCAGACAGACCUUUGGAAACUCUGGAAAUGAUAAGCAGUAUCUCAACACAGUGAUACCAUAUGAAAAAAGAGGAACCCCUCCAUCAGUUGAGGACCUGCAGAUGCUUACCAACAUACUUUAUGCCAUGAAGGAAGACAGUGAAAAGGUUCCAAUGCUUUUAACUGACUACAUUUUAAAAGGUUACUCUGCUGACUGAACUCUACUGACUGAAUGUAUUGGAAUCAUAUCAAAAUUCUGGCUUAUCGUGAUAUUCUUGUACUCUGCCCUACCUAAUGUGUUGCAUGGAAAGAAGACUAUCAGAAAAAAAAAGAAGUUUUACAUUAGCCAAGGACUUGCAUGGCAUAACAGGACUUCCAACUGUACAUUUACAACUGCAUAGCAUUAAUCCAAAUUACCAGAAGGCUUUCGUGUCCUUUAACUAUUCUCAACUCUGAAACGUAUUUUCUUAAACAAGGUCCAAUAUAAGACAAAACCAUAAUAUUUUGUGUUUUUAUAUAUGACUGCAGGGACGGCAGACCUAAUGGAAUGCAAUCUGCCAUGACAUCCAUUUUCUGGAAAACACACACUGUGCCAUCAGAUUUGUACCAGAGGACUGUAAUAACGCAUGGUCUUUAAGUAUUCUUGGCAUUUGAAUAGGAUUAUAUAUAGAAUUUUGUCUUGGUUAGAGUGAAUGCUCUGCUGUGCACAUAUACAGUAAUUUGCACAUAGCUAAACUGCAGGUCCAAGUUUUGGCUUUCAGAGUGAGCUUUGAAAGUAUCUGUAUGAUAUUUUGACAUUUCAUAGGUGAAAGAAGAGAUCCUGAUGCUGGAUUCUAGAUUUGCUGGGCUGUAAAAGUGUUAAUACUAAAUGCAAGUUUGUUCAGUGUUACGUUGUGUUCCGUUCUUUUGACUUUCAAAAGUAAAGACUAUGGAUUAAAAAUUCACACCCAUCUGCAUGUGGAAUGUUUAGAAAUGAUCUUAAAAGGCAAGCAAGAUUCACUCACAUAGUAAGUUGGAUAUAGAGUAACUGAUUAACAGAAAUAGGAAAAACCAUAAGGCCAACUUGUAACCUAACCUGCCUGUCAUUUGUAGCAAUUAACACUAAACUUUGAUCUGCAGUUUCAUUGGCAGACUUUUUUUACAGGUAUUAGUUUUCCAGUUACUACUCAGUGAGUGAAUGCAAACCUUUCUGAAAUAACUUAAUAUUAAUGUUACUCUUCUCCAGUUUCAGUCGUCAAGGGGUUACUGUUCAGUGUAAACUUUAUGUUACAAUACCAAAUAUUGACUUUGUAUUACUUUAAGUAUUCCCAAAGGAUGCGAUCUGUCAGUUGUCAUUAUUGUGGCCCUUUGUAUUAUUUGAUGUAUUUCUUAUCGCCUUUAUUACAAUUUAACAUAAUGCAGCAAUAUAGUACCUCAAGAAGGAGAGGGGAGAAAGGAUACUGGACACAUAUGUCACAUGGGGGUUUGGGUUAAAAAAAAAGAGGACUGUACAUUGUAGUGUAUUAGAAUGUGUCUUGCAGUAUAUUACAUGAUAGCAUAAUAAAUCUGGUGAAAUGUAUAAAUAGCUCUAGCCUAUGUAAUCUCUGCAAAAUUAAACAUUUCAUAUUUUCUGUAGAUCUGUGCAUCUUAUGUUUUUCACCUUCCAGGGGUACAACUGUGUAAAAUAAAUUGACUUAUGUUGCGCUUACCCUA